GACUCUUACAUCGGCCCAGCUAAGACUGGGAUGGCUGCAGAUACGGCAGAGAAGAUAAAGGACAGAGACGAUGCAGGAAUUUCAUAUUUAUUAUUGUAGGAAAAAAAGUACAUCAGGGUUGUCGUAAGAAGGACGUGGUGGUUAAAUAUCGACCGACACGCAUGCAGUGAUGGGAGGAUGCAGAAAACGUUAAAGGGGGAGAGGACGCCGGAAAUUCGAUCACGGGGAGUUGAGGAGAUACUCGAUGGCUCCCUGGACGCUGCCGCCGGACCGUCUCAGGGCCUCGAUGUUCCUGUCAAACUCGAAGAAGCCCAUGUCGUUGAGCUGCCGAAGCUGCUCGGCGUACCGCUCCUCCGGCGGACGGUUGUCAGGCGGCUGAGGAGGCUGCCCGCCGAAGAGAGAAUGUAGUAGGGGAUUGCUGGCGUUGGCGUUGGCAUUGGCGUUGGAGUUUGCAUCUGUUCCAGGACCGGCGCCCAUGGCUUGCAUGAGCUGAGAGAAGAGGGCCGGGUUCUGCACGAAGGGGUUCGGGAUCGGCUGGCCGGCCUGACCGUCUGCGUUUGGCAUUUGGCCGAGCAGUGCUGGGUUGAACAGAGAGGCGAAGGGGUUUGGCUGGUGCUGCGGCUGCUGUUGUUGCUGGUUGUUGUUGUUGCUACUGCCGCUGUUGUUAUUGGUGCUGGAUCCAGCUGUACCUGCGUCCCUUGAGGCUGCACCAGCGGGAGGCUGUUGCAUGCCGGCCAGGAACGAGAAGGGGUUUCCACCAGCACCAGGCAUGGCGAGGAAAGGGUUAAAGGGAGGCAUUGGAGGUUGAGUCUGGUUGUUGUUGUUGUUGUUACUGGUGUUAUCUUGACUGCCGGCUUCCCGCUGUGUAGUGUUGGUGACUCCGGGGGCAGGGAAAGCAGACUGUCCACCACCGCCACCCUGGCCCAUGGCUCUCUGCAUCUGGGUCAUGUACCGCAGCAUAUUGGGGUCUGUGAGCAUGCGCCGGAACUCUGGCGACUGCAGUAUCUGGCGGGCGUUGGGCACAUCCCGUAGCAUGGGGUUCUGCUGUAUCAUCAUGUCGAUAAUCUGGGGGUUCUGGAGGGCUUCGUUCAUGGUCGACUGGAACUGAGGGUUCUCCAUCAUGCUCAGGAUCUGGUCGGUAUCGGGCAGAGGUCCCAUCUGUACGAAUUUGUUAGCUAUCACAGCUGCUGUCUUCUGUCUUAUAUGUGAUAGGGGUUACUCACUCCUCCGUCAGGGCCAAACAUGCCCGCGCCAGGCAGCUGAGAGAAGCCCGCGUACCUGGCCCCCGUCAGGCCAGCCAGCAUCGAGUUCCCCGUCCCAGCUGCGAGGUUGGUCGGCACUCCAGCGGCCCCAGACGGCGUGCUCUGGGUGCCUCUGCCUGCCGCAUUGCUGGCUGUGGUGUUGCUGCUGCUGCCGGCCGUGGUGGUGUUGGCGCUGCCACUGCCGCCGCUGCUGCUGCCGGCGGGCGCAGAGCUCUUGACCAGGUGGAUGGUAUGGCCCUCCUUGACCUUGUGCGAGGCGAGGGUAUCGGUGUCCUUGAGAACGCGCCCCGAGUAGAUCAGCCGCUGGCGCUCUGGCGGGACGUUUGCGUACUCUUCGCCGGCGAGGAUCUGCUUGAUCUCAGCGACGGUCGACGACGGCUUCAGCGUCAGGCUGAACUUGGGCUCUGCGGACGACUUGACGUGGAACGUAAACGGCGCGUCUUCCUCUGCCAUUUUCCUGUGUCUUUCUUCUCUUCUCUUCCUUUCAGUAUCUUCUUCGUCUUUGCUGUCUUCUGGUGUAGCUCUCGCGGGGUGUCUUCGCUGUCUCUCCUGGCUUCGCUGUCUGCUGUCUGCGGCCCCAGCUCCCGUCUCAGGAGUCUUAUAGCUGCUUCUCUGCUGCUUAGUCUCGCCAGUCUUUGUCUUUUAUCCGCUAUCUUCCCUUAUUCCUGGCGUCUUUCUCUGCUUGCUUGCUUGUCUGUCUCGCUGUCCACUCAAGGUCGCUCGAUGUCUUUAUCCUCGACGGUCCGACUCCGCCACCGAAGAAGAAAAGCCAAGGAAGAAACUUCCACAACCGCAGAAAAAAAAACUCCAACCUCCAGCGACAACCAACGUACAAACUACAGCUAACUGCAAGCUACAUCAACAUCACGGCUACAGCUCACUCACGGUUAUACCACCGGCUGCAGCUCGGCUACGGCUACGGCUAUAGCUUCGACCGGCUGACGCAAGCGAUGGAAGCGCGCUGACCGCGGUCCAUCCAGCACCAUGGCGACCACCUCGUCCAUGUUCAUGUACUCGCUCACCAUCCAGCCGCCCACAGCCAUCACGCAGGCCAUCCUCGGGCAGUUCUCAGGCACCAAGGAGCAGCAGAUCGUCACCGCGGCCGGCUCGAAGCUGACCCUGCACCGCACCGACCCGUCGCAGGGCAAGGUGCAGACGCUCUUCUCGCAGGAUGUCUUUGGCAUCAUCCGCUCCCUCGCCGCGUUCAGGCUCGCCGGCAGCAGCAAAGAAGCUCCCGCGGGGUCUCAAUGGCGGCCUUUUUUUGUGUUGAUUCCGUGGAUCUCAAUUGUGUGUGUUGUGUGUAUAUGAGAGUGUUGUGUGCUGAGUGUUGAUAGACUACAUCAUAAUCGGCUCGGAUUCUGGGAGAAUCACCAUUGUCGAGUACGUGCCGGCCCAGAACCGCUUCAAUCGCAUCCAUCUCGAGACGUUUGGCAAGUCCGGCGUCAGACGCGUCGUCCCGGGCCAGUAUCUCGCCGUUGACCCCAAGGGCAGGGCCUGUCUGAUCGCCUCCGUUGAGAAGAACAAGCUCGUCUACGUGCUCAACCGCAAUGCGCAGGCCGAGCUCACCAUAUCCUCGCCCCUGGAGGCCCACAGGCCGCAGACGGUCGUCUUUGCUCUCACCGCGCUUGACGUGGGCUACGAGAACCCCAUCUUUGCCGCCCUCGAGGUCGAGUACACCGAGGUCGACCAGGACCCCACCGGCCAGGCGUACGAGGAGACCGAGAAGAUGCUUGUCUACUACGAACUCGACCUCGGGCUCAACCACGUCGUCCGACGGUGGGCUGAUCCGGUCGACCGCACGGCCUCCAUGCUCUUCCAGGUGCCCGGCGGUGCUGACGGUCCCAGUGGUGUGCUAGUUUGUGCUGAGGACAACAUCGUCUAUCGUCACUCGAACCAGGACGCCUUCAAGGUCCCUAUUCCCCGCAGACGUGGGCCUACCGAAAAUCCAGAGAGGAAACGAUGCAUCACCGCUGGAGUCAUGCACAAGAUGCGCGGUGCUUUUUUCUUCCUCCUGCAGUCCGAGGACGGCGAUCUUUUCAAAGUUACCAUGGAAAUGGUAGAAGACGAGAACGAAAAGGCCACCGGAGAAGUAAAGAGACUCAAACUCAAAUACUUUGACACCGUUCCACUAGCUUCUAGUCUAUGUAUUCUCAAGAGUGGUUUCUUGUUUGUAGCCAGUGAAACCGGAAACCAGCAUUUCUACCAGUUUGAAAAGCUAGGAGAUGACGACGACGAGAUUGAAUUCAUCAGUGAUGACUACUCGGCCAUCAUCUCAGAACCCUUGCCCCCAGUCUACUUCCGGCCUCGACCAGCCGAAAACUUGAAUUUGGUAGAGAGCAUUGCCUCCCUAAACCCGCUCAUGGCUGCUUCUAUUGCAAACAUCACAGAGGAAGAUGCCCCUCAAAUAUACACUCUAUGCGGCACUGGUGCCAGAAGUAGCUUUAGAACGCUAAAACACGGCCUCGAAGUAUCUGAGAUUGUCGAGUCCGAGCUUCCCAGUGUUCCGUCAGCCGUUUGGACUACCAAGCUGUCCCGGAAUGACCAAUUUGACGCAUACAUCGUGCUGUCCUUCUCAAAUGGCACCCUCGUCUUGAGCAUUGGUGAGACCGUGGAAGAAGUCACAGAUACCGGUUUCCUCUCCUCUGCUCCCACUCUCGCUGUGCAGCAAUUGGGUGAAGACUCUCUCAUCCAAGUCCAUCCAAAGGGUAUCCGACACAUCCAUGCGGACCAGAGAGUAAACGAGUGGCCGGCUCCACAGCAUAGAUCCAUUGUUGCCGCUACCUCAAAUGAGAGACAGGUGGCCAUUGCCCUGAGCUCCGGUGAGAUCGUCUACUUUGAAAUGGACACCGAUGGCUCACUGGCCGAAUAUGACGAAAAGAGACAGAUGUCCGGCACAGUGACCUGUCUGAGCUUGGGAGAAGUCCCCGAGGGACGAGUUCGAAGCUCGUUCCUCGCUGUUGGAUGCGACGACUCGACUGUUCGAAUCCUCAGUCUUGAUCCAGAUUCCACACUGGAGAAUAAAUCUGUCCAGGCCUUGACAUCCGCUCCAUCUGCUCUAUCCAUCAUGUCAAUGAUAGAUUCUACCUCUGGCGGGUCGACGUUAUACCUCCAUAUCGGACUCUAUUCUGGAAUCUACCUACGUACUGUCCUAGAUGAAGUGACCGGAGAAUUGUCAGAUACUCGGACCCGCUUCCUCGGCGUCAAGCCGGUCAAGCUGUUCAGUGUCUCAGUCAAGGAGCAGAGAGCCGUCCUCGCGCUCAGCUCCCGGUCCUGGCUAGGAUACUCUGAUGUCCAGACAAAGAGUUUUACCCUCACGCCCUUGAACUACGUUGGAUUAGAAUGGAGCUGGAACUUCUCCUCUGAGCAGUGCGUGGAGGGCAUGGUCGGUAUCCAGGGCCAGAAUUUACGAAUAUUCUCCAUAGAGAAACUGGACAACAACCUCCUGCAAGAGCCAAUUCCUCUUGCUUAUACCCCUCGAAAUUUUGUCCGACACCCUGAAUACCCCCUUUUCUAUGUCAUUGGAUCCGAUAACAACAUUCUCUCACCCGCUACCAAGGCCAAACUACUCAGCGAAUCAACCACAGUCAAUGGUGACAGUGCUGAGUUACCUCCAGAGGGCUUUGGCUAUCCAAGGGGGACAAAUCACUGGGCCUCGUCCAUUCAAGUCGUGGACCCUAUCCACACCAAGUCUGUCUUGUCUAGCCUCGAACUCGAGGACAACGAAGCUGCUGUAAGUAUCGCAGCGGUAUCAUUCACCAGUCAAGAAGACGAAACAUUCCUUGUAGUGGGAACAGGCAAGGACAUGGUCGUCAGUCCCCGCACCUUCACAUGUGGUUUCAUUCAUAUAUAUCGAUUCCAAGAAGAAGGUAAAGAGCUAGAGUUCAUCCACAAAACAAAGGUUGAACAACCGCCACUAGCUCUGCUCGGAUUCCAAGGUCGUCUCCUUGCCGGCAUUGGUCCUGAUCUAAGGAUAUAUGACCUCGGAAUGAGGCAGCUUCUCCGAAAAUGUCAGGCCCAGAUAACACCGCGCGUGAUUGUCGGACUUCAGACCCAAGGAAGCCGAAUUAUCGUCAGCGAUGUCCAGGAGAGCGUCACAUACGUUGUUUACAAGUACCAGGAAAACGCCCUUAUCUCCUUUGCUGACGACAUCAUACCCCGCUGGACCACAUGUACCACAAUGGUGGAUUACGAGACCGUCGCUGGCGGCGACAAGUUCGGUAACAUAUGGCUGCUUCGAUGUCCUACAAAGGCGUCUGAAGAAGCUGACGAAGACGGCUCCGGCGCACAUCUUAUUCAUGAACGACAAUAUCUCCAGGGCGCACCGAACAGGCUCAGCCUGGUCAUCCACUUCUACUCUCAAGACAUACCCACAAGCAUCCAAAAGACCCAAUUGGUUGCCGGUGGACGAGACAUUCUUGUCUGGACCGGCCUCCAGGGUACAGUCGGGAUGUUUGUUCCAUUCAUCACCCGUGAUGACGUCGAUUUCUUCCAAACCCUCGAGAUGCAACUUGCCUCACAGAACCCUCCAUUGGCUGGACGAGACCAUCUUAUCUACAGAGGCUACUAUGCGCCAUGUAAGGGCGUCAUUGACGGAGAUCUCUGUGAGACUUUCUUGCUUCUGCCUAAUGACAAGAAGCAAGCUAUAGCUGGUGAGCUCGAUCGAUCAGUUCGGGAAAUCGAGCGUAAGAUUUCGGACAUGAGGACAAAAGUAGCCUACUAA